CGCGAUAAACCUGCUGUUUCCUGGGCGUGGCUCCUCGCAAAACAAACACCAAAAGAAACGCAAAGAAGUAGCCUUGACUUCUUUACAGAUUUCUCUUUUUAUAAUAGUAAAUAUACUGGUGCAGGAUGGCAGAACCGGCUUGGAAGGUAGCUAUGAGAGAACGUAAGAAGAAAAAAGAGGAAGAAGAGAGAAAGAAACAAGCCGAAGAGGAAGCUAAACGCGCUUCAAUGCCAGCUUGGAAGAGAGCCGUGCUAGAAAAGAAAGGUCUAUUACCAGGAACGGGAACUAGUGGAGGAACUACAACUCCAGCACCUUCUUCAGCCACCAAUGUCCCUAAAACAUCUGCCACCACAGUUUCUAAAACACCAGCUACCACUUCCUCUGGUCUCGCAAACAAAUUUAUGUUUUCUGCUGCUGUCAACAAGAAAGAAGAGCCCCACCCUGCUGCUCCUGCAUCUAAACCAUCUACUGAAAAAACCACUAGUGCAUCCCCAACCUUGAAAACAAAAUCUACCAGAGUAUCUGCUGCUAAAAACUUAUUCGAAGAGAUAGCAAGCAGCCCACAGAUUCCAAAGAAAUCUCCGCUCUCCCCAGUUAGAAAGGGCCUUCUUGAAACAUCAGAUAAAAGCAGUGUCGUUGCACACACGAAAGAACAGUUUGAACACAACGAAAUAGUGAGCGAUCAUGGAGAUGUUGACGUACAGAAAAGCAACGUCCAGGACAUCACUGAGGUACCGUCUUCUCCGACCCAGCCUAAUUUUGCAUCAUCACCUACUCUACCAAGUCAUUCUCAUCCUGUGAAAGAAGUAGAGGAACAAAAGACAACAGAUCCUUUACCUCCUACUUCUAAUGUUAGUCAAAGUUCAGACGUAAAGAAACCAGCAUUCACUGCAGAACGGAAGACAACUAGUUAUAACACUCAUGUUGUUGUACCCCCUGCUGAAAAUGAUGAUAAGAUACCAGCCUGGAAGAGAGAGCUUCUUGCAAGAAAGAGAGGAAAGAAAAAGGAAACCACAAGUGCUGCUCCUCAACAACCAACUGAAGCAGAACCCCCUUCAUCUCCUCCAGCACAAUCUGCUAGUAUUCCUCCUGCAACAGUAUCAGCCACUCCUGGCCAUGGAACUACUCCACCAUCAUCUUCAACAGUAGCUCCAACAGCACCAGAGCCUCAAGAGAAGAAAAGUGAAGCUACAGUUAAAAAACCAGAAAUAGUGAAUGCAUCUGAUAAAAAGGAUGGAGGUGAUCCGCCUAAACUACUGAACAAGGAAGGGAAAAGUAUACGUGCUCCCGUCCUCAAAUCAACCGGUAAAUGGGCCGACAUUAAAGAGGAAGAUCCAGAGUUUAAGAAGCUCCCAAUGUGGAAGCAGGAACUGAUAAAGCGUAGAAGAAGAGACAUGGAAAAUCGUACAGCUCCGAUACCAAAAGAAGAAGUAAAAGAAGAGAAGAAACCACCUUCUUUACCAUCAAAUAUAACCACGCCAUUUGACCGAAUCAACGCACAAAAAGAAAACUCACAAGAGUCUUCAAAAAAGCCGAGCCAUAAUUUAACACCUAUUAGAAAUACACCUUCCCCUUCUACUAGUACUUCUACAGAGACUACAGAGCAAAGUGGUAUUUCUAAAAUUGCAGGAAAAUUUGGUAACGUCAAAAGUGUAAAGAAGCCUCCGCCUCCUACUUCGCCCAUAAAAGAGAAUGGGGACACAUACACAAUGAUAGAUGAGGAGUCUUCUGAUGAAGAGGCCACACCUCCAAAGCAUUUGAAAACAACACGAUCUAGUAGCAUCUUGAAAAUUGAAGGAAAGCCUCGUAGAAAACUCAGCAUAUCUUGGAGUGACAGUAACCUGUCCCACUACUAUCCAAAAUAUGACUACUCGGAUUACGACGACAUUGAGCAAGACCCUCCCAUCAAAGAGGUCGCUGAAGAAGUCGACACUCCAGUGAGUCCCUCAAGCCCAGAGCCGGCCAUUGCCACGCCCAUUCAUCCGUGGCUAGCGGAAACGAAAUCGUCCCCCUCCCCAAGCAGCGUCCCGUCUUAUAGUUCAAAUGGUCUUGGAAGCGUGGGGAGCUUCAUGUCUAUGUACACUCUCAACGCCUCCUCUUUCCCGUCCUACUCCCCUCCCAGCAAAGAGCCAGAGACAAAGGAGGAGGUGCAGGAGGAGACUGAGACGUCAAAGGCAGAUAUUUAUGCUAAUUUAGAUUCCGAUACAGCUGCACUUCUCUUUUGAGGAAGACUGAAUAUUGUAUAUUUUUGUUUUAUAAGUAUAUUAUUAUUUUUUAGCGCACAAUUAUAAGUAAAACUAUUUUUCUGAUGUACAUUAUUUUAUUUUAUUAAUUUAUUAUCAUUGUUUUUUUUUGUGUAAAAAAUAACAUUAUUUUUCCAAAAAAACCUUAAAAACAGAGCAAGAGAUGUGGGUCUAUUACGCAUUUUUCAACAAAAUCCGAUGACAAAGAAAAUACCAUAACUAUACUGAACUGAUGUACACUGCAUAUGACCAUCAUUAACACAUGGAAGCCUUAGCCUCUUAUAGCAGCUGUCAGAUAUUAUUUUUUAAGUUUAAGGAAGCAGUGAUCAGUCACAAUAGGUAGUCAGGAUAGCAUAGAAGAGAUAUCAUAAGGAAAAGGAAGGCACUGUAUGUAUGGGGACAUAAUAAUUAUUAUGUUUGUGUGUAUGUUGUAUACACGUUUGUGAAUGUGUUUUGUCUAAAUAGAGAAAGUAAAAAGAAGAGAUAAGAGAGAGAUGGAGAGUACAUAUGAAAUGCCAACGAAAA